AUGCAUCAAGUUUUGCCCCUCAUUGAUGCUUUGGUAGACUUGGAAAGUUCAGCUGAAAUUCAUGCCCAGACAAUGAGAUCAGCUUUGCUGCAUCUCAUUACUAGGGAGCCUGAGCUGAAUACCAGCGACUACAAUGGUAGUGUCUUUGUAAAUCUGAGAGCUGACAGGAUUUCAGUGGUACUGCACCAUGUCAGAAGGCUGGCAAGGGCAAAGACAAUGCCCAGCAGUGUCAUUGGUAGCCUGACAGCUACUCAAUUUAAAGAGCUCAACAAGACCUUGAAAAAGGUGGUGUUGAGAGAUGUGCCCCAGGAAGAUGCCUUGAAAAAGGAUGAGGGCCAGAAAGCUGGAAGCAGUAAAGACACCUUGAAAAAGGUGCCCCAGGGAAAUGCCUUGAAAAAGGAUGAUGGCCAGAAAGCUGGAAGCAAAGAGACCUUGAAAAAAGUAAGCACAGAGAAAAAGAACACAUCCUUGAAAAAGGUAAAGAAGGAAAAUUUGAAGAAAAAAGAGAGAACCUUGAAAAAGGGCGACAGCCCCUUGAAAAAGGAAGCUGUAGAAAAUGCCAUAGUGCCAAAGGGAAGGUCAUUAAAGGCCAGAGUGAGUGAUGUCUCCCUGGACUCUCAUGGCUUCCCCAAGGUUUUGGCCAGCCCACAGAAAGGGGCAAGCCCACCAAGGUUGUGGAAGAAAAAGAGGGGCAACUUUCAGCCACAAGCUUCUGCAGAAGUGCAUGGUGGUUUGAAAGAUGCCAUGGGUGUCUUGAAAAAGCCAUCUGCCAAACAGGCCUCCUUGAAAAAGGAAAAGUCUAAAAAACCAGCCUUGAAAAAGGUUGCUAAGAAUGAAGCCUUGAAAAAGGUUGAAGCCACAGAGAGAAAGCCUUGGGAAAAAAAAAUUAAGACCACUGCCAAGAACCCUGAAAGGUCUUAUUUGACUGGCAGGUUUUCCAAAGAUCAAGACAAAUUCUUGAUUGUAGAGGUGACAAAGAAGAUGAGCCUCCAAUAUAGGUGGAUCAUCGACAGGAUCAAAGACUCACUGGAGAAGGAGCACAUUACCAAGCAUGAGGAGAAGGAAGAAGCCUUGAAAAAGGCAUUGGCUUCUGUGGAGAAGCAGAAAGCUGAAGCUCUUGAAAAAGAGCAUGAGGAGGAGGAAGCCUUGAAAAAGGUUGAGCAUGCCCUGGAGACCCAUUCUGCCAGAGGGAAGAAUGGGCCCAGGAGCAGGUCUCUGAGCAGGGCCCGCCUCACUCCCAGGGAGGGGGUGGCAAAGAAGGAAGCCCUCAGGGAGAGACUGAAUGUCCACCUGGAGAGGCUGAAGGAGGCCAGUGACCCCAGCAAAAGGGCAGCCUCCAGAGGUCCCUUGAAAAAGGGAAAGAACCAGUUUGAAAAAACCAUGGACCAAAUCCCAAAGCUGCUGGGCUCCACCUUGAAAAAGGUGAAGUCCUACAGGUGCACCUAUGCCUUCACUGGGCAUGACUCCAAAGUGGACUGGGCAUGCCACUUUGGAGCCCUGUGCAUCAUGGAUGACAACUCAGAGGUCAUCAAUGAGGCCAACUCCUGGGGCCUCAAGGCCUACCAAAUUGGUAGGGGGGGCUACUGGCAGCUUGCAGAUGCAGUAGCUCAGUUCAUGGUGGACCUGCCUGGUCUGAAGCCAUGGACUGAGGAGGAAGUCAAGCAGAAAGGAUCCUUGAAAAAGGACCAGGAAGGAUCCUUGAAAAAGGACCAGACACUGAAUAAGGGCAACUUGAAAAAGUUGGGGGAGCUCAGCCUGAAGGAUAAAAUCCUGAAGGCAGCUGAAGAGCACCCAGAUAAUGAGGAGACCCAAGCCCUGGUGCUUCAGGAACCCAUGUCACCUGUUGACAAAAGCAAUGCAUGGAACCAGCACCAAGUCCACUUGAAAAAGAAGGGCAAUGAAUCCUUGAAAAAGGAGUUCGAUGAGAUGGACAAGAAGGGCAAGGGGCUGAGCACUGCUUUGUUCUUGCUGAAGAAGAACAAAAGCUUGUUUGCCAGUGUCUCCAAGGGUGUCAGCCAGGAAGUCUCCUUGAAAAAGAGAGAGAAAUUGCUGACCCAGAAGGAAGUGGAUGCCAAGUGGACUGAUCAGGAACUUGAAGUCCACUUGGCAUCAGGUCGGCUGAUCUACAGAGAAGCUGGCCACAAUGUCUGGGAAUACCAGGACACCCAGGACAUUGAGAAGACUGUUGCAGGUAAGAGGUCCCUGCAAUACCAGUUUGGGCAGGAGUAUGAGCUGGAGGAAGGGGAUGAGGCAGAGUGGUGCAAAAUGUUGGAAAAGGAUUUGCACAGCAUUUUGCUGGGAGGCCUUGAAAAAGGCAAAGGCUCUGCCAAGGGCUCUGGCCUUGAGAAAGGCAAAGGCAAAGGUAAAGCCAGGGCCAAGCCCAAGCCCCAGCCCCUUGAGGAUGCUGAUGAGGAGCCUAUGGACCUGGCAACUGCCUUGAAAAAGGCAAAGAAGACCAGGGACAUGCUCACCAGCACCUCCAGCAACUUUGAGGAAGCCUUGAAAAAGGUGGAAAAGAGCCCUUACCUGAGCAAGCAAUCCUUCAAGGACAAGCAAGGUGUUCUGGAUGGCCUCCAUGAAAUGGUGAAGAAAACCAAAAAACUCCUUGAAAAAGGAGAAAAGAACAAAGUGGAGGUUCUGAAGGAGCACAUCCUGGAGGCAUGUGCUUGCAUGAAGGAUGCCAAGGAGGAAGCCAAAGAGCUUGUACAGAUUAGCUUUAAAGCUGUGAGCAAGGCUGCUUCCUCCAAGGGCAAGAAAUGA